UCCGAUUAAAAGAAAAUUAGAAUGAAAAUUGUUGGAAAAUGACUUUCCGAAGAGUGAAAAGGUUAAGUCGCAAGGAGGAUUACGGCAGCGCCGACUGCGCCGCAUCUUGUGUGGCUGAGAACGAGAUUUACAAAAGUACCAGCGAAACUUAUAAAACCGGCGCGGAAACUUACAAGGCGUCCGAACUGUACAAGACUCUCGCCUACUCCGGAGGCACACUGCCUCGUAGUCACAAGCAGAGGUCAUUAAUGAAAUGGAAAACGCUGACGGACGCUUCUGAGCAUGAAAGGAGAAUUAUUACCUUAGAAAAGCAAGAUGAUGAAGCCUUUGGAUUUGAAAUUCAGACGUAUGGGUUACAUCACCGAGAUGAGAACACGCUGGAGAUGUGCACAUUUGUAUGUAGGGUCCGUGAGAACAGCCCAGCGCAGAUAGGUGGAUUGAGGCAAGGUGACACCAUUACUAGCAUCAAUAGGACAUCUGUUGAUGGUUUCCGCCAUCGAGAUAUUGUGGAUCUUAUCAAGUCAUCUGGGAAUUGCCUGAGGCUUGAAACUGUGUACGGAGCUUCCAUCAGACGAGCGGAGCUGGAAACCAGACUGCAAUACCUGAAGCAAACACUGCAGGAGAAGUGGGAGGAGUACAGAUCCCUAAUGGCCCAGGAACAGAGACUGGUGCAUGGGGUCGUGUCAAAAGAUCCAAGUGUUUAUGACGUUUUCGAAUCGGUCAGAGCCAGCCUUUAUGGUCAAGGCCUCUACUCCAGCCCAGGGGCCCAAAGACAGAGCCACUCCAGUGGCAGUACCCACAGCAGCACCAGUACCAUGGAGGGCAACGACGAGCCCAUUUAUCAGACUUGUGUCUUUGACCCCUUAGAGAUGAGCAGCGAAGACAGCCACAGCACUCACAGCAACGAGGUGGUCCUUGCCAAGAAACCACUGACACGGAGUGUGAGCGCCAGGGUUGGGCACAAUGGCUCCUCCACUUCCUGGGAGAAAUGCAACAAUCAAGCUGCUUUCGGGACAUUUCCGAGGAAGCCCAGGAGGAAGAGCCUGCGGAAGAGAUUGCUCAAGUAUAUCCCAGGACUGAACCGGUCAGUGGAGGAGGAAGAAAGCCAUUUGUAGGCAAUGUGCCUGUGCAUCUAUUUAUUAAAUUUCCUACUCUCAACGCUAAUUGCUGCCACCGGAAAUCUUACGGACGGGGUGCCAGAAGAGGGGAGAUGCACCUGAGGACUCUCUGGAGCUGCACAGGAUCAGCAAGUUCAACAGUGAGCUGGACAGUGUCUGUGCCAAAGGAUGUGACUGAGGGGAGGGUAAGAGAUACAUUUAAUGGCUUUUGAGCUUUGGGAUAAGUCCGAUAAGACUGCAGUGAUCGUUUGUGCUUUCUCCAUGCUUUUCCUUUGGAAGCACAAGCUUUCAUUCUAACACUUUGCAGUCCGUCCUACCUUCUGAGGCAGAGGAAGUAGUCAAGGGUUCCGUGGUUCCAUGGGAAGGAGAGGGGUUGGGAUCAAUAUAGAGGCCAAGUUUGAGGGGUUGAUGGGCGCCCAUGCUGCUUCACCCUGUGAUCGCUCUCCCUCCUCUCGGGUAAGGUGGUAGCAGUGUUGCUCAAGUGCGGGAAAGGAGUGGCCUCACGGCAUCCCAAAGAGCAGGAUGGUGAAACAGAGCCGCGUUUUGGUCUCAAUCCGAACACUGCCUUUGUCACACAGAGAUCAGGCACCUGAGCUAACUUGGAGUGCUCUCACUGAACACAAACUACCCCAGUGAACUUGAGAGUCAGCUGUGUACCUUCCUGACCUGAGCAUUCCAACACUCCAGCCCACAUACAUUAAGUUCAUCUGCCGAGCUUGGCUCUUGCCAUUUUAGCUGCUUGAUGUCCACGUUCUUUUUUUUUAUGUUGAAUUUUGAGGGUGGGUGUGACUGACCUUUAAGCUGUUUCCAUUACAGCUCCAUUGUUUGGUGAGCUGUGAACAGUCUGCCUUGAGGUUUCUGGCUGAUCUGACCUCACUCUUAGUUCUGCUUGUGGUAAAGGAACUUGAUAUUUAGUGGCUAUGCUACCCGUGGUCACAGUGCACAGGUUUUUUUUAAAUUCCUUUUGUCCUCUCACGACUGCCACGUCCCUUUUAUUAGGAGCAAAAUUGGGCCAUUUGGCCCAUUUAGUCUUCUCGCACUGGCCGCUGCUAAGUGAUCCCUCCCGUAUCGCAGGACGACCUUGCAGAGCUGCUAGCACACUUCCAAUGGCGCAAAUCAGAAGUGGGUGAAGUUCGUGAGGGUGCACAGUCAAGGAAGUGAGCUGUAAGGAGGGAAUAACUGGGAAGCUGCUUCCAACUGGCUGCAGCCUUGGCUGCAUUUUUUUUUUGGUGGGGUACGGCUGCAGGGAAGGAAGGGGUUCCACAAAGUCUCUGUGUGGGUGUCAAAUGGCACCUCUGAGUUAUUCAACCAAUUUGAAUGUCUGAAUUAGUGGCUUAAAGCCAGGUCCAAGUCCACAGCUCUCAGACUUUGUACCAAACUUCUUUUCCCAGUCUGAGUCCAAUCUUUCCACACUGUGGCCUAAGAUGCCCAACUAGCUGUGGUGUACCUACUGCACAUUCCAAUGAGAUUAAACGUCAGCUGUGUCGGGGUAAAACUCUGCGCAGCCAAUCCUCACAGCGUCGCUCUUUUAACUUUAGCAUAACAGCCAGCAUAGCGCUUUCCAGCACCAACUGUAAGACCGGCAUUCGAUUCCAUCUGCUUGUCUGUCAGGUGCACGCACUGUACGUUCUCGGGUUUCAAACACGUAUGGGUUAGGGUCAGUGAGUUCUGGGCAUGCUCUGUUGGCGCUGGAAGAGUGGUGACAUUUGCAGUACGCCUAGCACAAUCCUCACUGAUUUGAUGCAAAAUGAGACAUUUCACUGUAUGUUUUGAUGUCCAUGUGACAAAGCUAAUUUCUCCAAUCUCAGCUGUGUCAAGGGUAAAAUUUUACACAGCAAAGUCCCACGGGCAACGCUCUUUGAUAUCACGUUUUGCUAGAAUAACACAGCUAUUGCCCAAAUUUCAUUUAUAAAUUUUUUUGCUUUUGGAGAUGGUAGUGCUGAUUUGUUCCCCCACCCCCCCCCUUCCCAUGGAGUGAAAGUCAGGUGGUGAGGUGUUAUAACAGUUUAACUGGUGAAUGACAGCAAAAAUUUAUGCCACUAAUAUUGACAGACCCUCUCUUCCCCGUCUCCCACUUCCAACCUAGAAUCAUAGGCCAGUCAAAAGGGCAGUUUUCAUGUUUUCUUUAAGUGGUGAGAACAAUUCAUCUGUGGGAGCUCCACAGUCAAACCUUUGUCUGUGAUCUCUGACUUAGCAGAAAACUGUGGAUUUAAGGCAGAGAGUUCAAGUUUAUUGUUAUAGCCAUACAUGCCCAGGGUAUAUGUCAUUAAGUAUCAUUAAAAUCAGCUUUUUGCAGCAGCAGAGUACAUUAUAAGAGAAGGAUAAACAUAAAUUAAUAUUAUACCUGCAAAUGUGCAAAAUAAACAACAUAAUAAACAUGAAGUUAGUGCAAAAUUGAAAGAGAAAGAAUAUAAUUCAUGACAGCCUAGACAUUCUGAAAGACUGCUCCACUGUCUGGUCUUGUUGUGUCGAGAAAUGUUAAACUAUCUCCUGGUUCAUGCUAGCAGGAAAAAAUCCCAUUAAGCUAUUACAGUACAAGGGAUUUCUCCUGGCUAAUGCUUUCCCUGACUCAUUUUAUAUUUAAAAAAAAAGAUUAUCUGAUCAUCUCUGGCUUGUGUGGGAGAUUGCCGCCUGCAAACUGGUGGCUGUGUUUCCAGCAUUACAACAAUAGCAACACUCCUGAACACUCCUGUCCCUUCAGGAUGUCACAUGGUCGUUGACAGCUGUCCUUUGAAAAUGCAAGGCCUUUGUUGUCUUAACUGUCAGGAGUACACCUUGUGUGGAAAGGUUCAGUGAAGAACAAAACCACAUGAAAUUCCUGGGGUGAUUUUCCCAUUUGCCUAGCCCCCAGUGUAAUGAGGUCAGUCGUAGCACUCCAGGACUCUGCCACCCUCAUGAUUAUUGUCAUGAAGAAAUUGCCUCCAGCCAUUUGUAUCCCAAAGGUGACCAGAGAAAGAAUCCACUAGAGUUUGCCUGUAAUUGAAUUCCCCCCGCACAGCAUUAAUGCUUAAAGUUUGUCACUCAAAUUUGUUUUGGCUCACAUAAUAGAACUGAUUUGAUGGGAUUUCACAAGGGUCUUAGAACUGUUCUGUUCAUUUCGAUCUGACUGAAUAGUAGGUUGAAACAUAAUAAAUUCUUAAAUCCUGUGGGACUGAAUGGUUAAAAGGAAUAGCAAUUGAAGAGACCGGGUACUGCCUCGUUAAGUAGCCUUUUACUGCAGGUCUAAACUGAUUGCCUCACUGAAUACUGAUCUCUAAAUAGUUUCUUGGUAAUGGCUUUAUUCUGCAACCGCAAAGGCUUGUAGACACUGGUUAUGUUGAAAAGCUUUAUAUUGUUGUUAAUACAUGUGUGGAAGCUGUCAGGUUUUCAACCAGAAUCUUCCACAACUUGAGCACAGUUAAGACAGCAAGUAAGAUGGUUUGGGGAGGGGGUGUUAGGUGGGUGCAAGCAUCAUAUGCAACAGUCUAAAAACAGCAAGGGCUCGGCUGAAAGGAAGCCAAGCAGCAACACCAAACAAUGCUCGGACUGAAGGGCAGUCACAUCCUGUCUAGUACAGCUAACCCGAGAGGCGCAUUCUGCUCCAUUAUGUUUGGUUUCUAAGGGCUGACAUGCGCUGACCUUUUGAGAUGGGCCAAUAGAAGGUCACGCAAGUAACUAAUCCCAACUUUUUUUUUUGGAAAGAAACUCAAAACCGAACCUGGUGCCCUCUUACCCCAAAUGUUGGCACAAGAUUUCAGAGUGUUUCACUGUUUAGGGACACCCAGAGUAACCUUUUACAGACAAUGUCAGAAAGACCCAGGAGGUGAUCUUAACUGAGGCAUUAUGAGCAUAUCCGGACAUUGCAGGGCCAAAUCCUACUUCAGAGACUUGAGUACAAAUUCUAGAUUGCACAUCCAGGAGAGUGGAGUUCUGUGUAGAUGAGUGGCAUUUUUUAAAAGGACUGCGGAGUUAUCCUGGCCGAUAUUCACUCAGUGGUCAUUUUGUUAGGUACAGGAGAGGAACCCAGUGUGGUCUUCUGCUGCUGUAGCCCAUCCACUUCAAGAUUUGACAUGUGCGUUCAGAGAUGCUCUUCUGCACACCACUGUUGUAAUACGUAGUUACUUGAGUUACUGCUGCCUUCCUGUCAACUAGGAUCAAUCUGGCUAUUCUCCUCUGAUCUCUCCCAUGAACAAGGCAUUUUCAGCCACAGAUUUGCCACUCAUUGGAUGUUUCUUUUGUUUUUUGCUUCUUUCUCUGUAAACUCUAGAGACUGUUAAGUGUGAAAACCUCAGGAGAUCAGUUUCUAAGAUACUCCGACUACCCCAUCAGCCACCAACAGUCAUUCCAUGGUCAAAGUCACUUAGUUCACAGUUCUGAUAUUUGGCCUGAACAGCAACUGAACCUCUUGACCAUGUCUGCAUGUUUUUAUGCAUUGAGCUGCUACCACAUGAUUGGGCUGACUAGACAUUUGCAUCAAUGUGCAGGUAUACUUAAUAAAGUGGCCACUAAGUGUAUGUCCCUCUAAGCAGUGUCAGUAAAACUUUUUUUUUUGUCACGCUGGUGUUUGUGGGAGCUUGCUGUGCAUAAAUUGCCUUUUGCAUUUCUUAAUUCCAACUGGUGACGACAGUUCAAAAGCAGUUCAGUGGUUGGAAGUCACCUGGGAUAGCUAUAAAUACUGGCCCUAGUAUUUGUGCCUGGCAAGUUGUUGAUACGAGGCCAGUCCAAUCCCUUUCUGUGCUAGAGGGUCCAGAAUGCCUCUGUGCCUUCUAGGUGUGAUGGCGGUGCUAUCAAACCACAUCAAAGGCUCUUUCUGCUUUGCAUUUUUCCAGGGCUAUUUUGAAUAACAAAUGUUGUGCCCUCUAUUUAUUCAAUUUUCCUUCACAAUCUCAGUUAAAAUUUCCAUGAGCAUCCUUGCUUUGCACAUUCUAAGUUAAAUUGUGCCUGUUUUGAAAGUGGGGGGGGGGGGAAGCCUUUUGCAAUGGGUUUGUUCCCAGUUCUCUCUCCUACUUGUUUUGCUCAACCUUCUGGAGGCAGAUAAGCUAACAUGAGCAUUACCUCUUCCCCUGUGGGGUGGGUCUGAGUACGGAUCUCCCCAUGGUUUUAUCAGAUCCUAAGAUAUAGGAACAGUAUUAAACUAUUUGGCCCAUCAGGUCUGCUCUGCCAUUUCAUCAUGGCUGAUCCAUUUUUCCUGUCAGUCCCAAUCUCCUGCCUCCCCUCUGCCCAUUAUCCCUUCAAUAAACAAUAGGUGCAGGAGUAGGCCAUUCGGCCCUUUGAGCCAGCACCGUCAUUCACUGUGAUCAUGGCUGAUCAUCCACAAUCAGUAUCCAGUUCUUGCCUUAUCCCCAUAACCUUUGAUUCCGCUUCACGUCCUAACUAAUCAAGAAUCUUAUGCCAUUUUGUGUUUCUUGGAGAUCAUUAUAUGGAACAGAAGCAAGUUAUUGACCACGAACGGGUCAUGGUGAUGCUUCGGUCCCACACAGAAGCUUCAUCCUAUUCCAUCUUGUGUCACUCCAUUAGCAUAUCCUUCAUUCCUUUCUCCUUCUCUCCACAAGUAUUUCCCCCAUUCACCUCAACCACUCCCAAGUUCCAGAUAAAGUUCUCCUGAACUUCUCAAUGAACCAUCAGUGACUGCUAUAAUGCUCACCCUCAUAAGCAGAAACAAUCUCCCGACUGCAAUAUUAUAUAUAGGACAUGGAAUUUAAAACAAUAUCAUGCUGACCUUUUAACCCUAAUCCUUCACUCCUGCAUCAUUCAUAUGCCCCUAAGUUUCUUAACUGGCCUAAUGUAUCUGUCUUCACCACCAUCCCUGACUCUGGGGGUGUGUGUGUGUGUGUGUCUGGCCUACUUCCAACAUGUCCCCUCCCCCUAUACUUAGUAAUCUGAAAAUUAUGCCCCCUCAUUAGCCAUUUUGGACCUGGGGGAUAAAAUCUUUGACUGUCUAAUUGAUCUAUUCCUCUUAUCAUCUUGUACAUAUCUAUCAAACCACUGCUCAUCCUCCUUCCCUCCAAAGAGAAAAGCCCCAGGUCACUCAACCUAUGAAAUGUUUGUUGAAUUGAAAGCAAAGAGGGAACCUAAUUACAAGAUUAAAGCUUUCCUCCAAAAUGUAGCUGUUUGCUUGCAUUAUUAAACCUGUUUAAAGCAUAUGUGAUAUUAGGCUUUGGUUAUAAUUGGGUGUCUUGUGACAUGGUAUGGUUUGUUGAAUAUCCGGCUUAGGGUUGACAAUAUGUGAUCAGUUUUCUCUUGAAGGAGAGUGCUUGUUUUAAUUGAACUGCCACCACGCCCUACCAACUGUACCUAUUUUAGCAGCCCUUUUCAGAUUGUGCAAAGAAGAAAAUUACAGAAGAAGCUGGUCUCAAUUCAGUAUUACGACAGCAGUUGACAGAUUUCUUUUAGGUAAGGGUCAUGGGGCCGAGGUGGGUAAAUGGAGUUAAGAUAAAAAUCA